GUGCGUAAAUACUAGAUUUCAAAGGUGCAAAGUGGAAUUAAGACAAAGUCUUGGUCAACCUUAACUAAAUUCAUAAAAAAACUCAAGAUCAUGCAUCUUCCCACAUUUCGAGACCAAAUCCAAUUUCACACCGAUUUUUUAAUCCAAAUAAAUAACCAUUUGCAUGCCCACAUUUAAUUAAUCUAGUACAUUGUCAACUCUUCACAAAUCUUGAAAACAAAAAAGAAAAAAAAAAUCAUUCAAAACCAGAGCAGAAGAAGCGUUCAUCAAAUAUGGCUUCCGUUGACCAAGAAACCAGAAAGUCAACGAACCCGGCACUUGAACCGGAUCUUGAUGCUCCGGUGGAUCCGAAUCUGGAGCUGGCCCAGUUUGCAGCGGGUUGCUUUUGGGGGGUGGAGUUGACUUUUCAGAGAUUGGAGGGUGUGGUGAAGACUGAAGUGGGCUACUCACAGGGCAAUAUCCAUGACCCGAAUUACGAAUUGGUAUGCACCGGAUCCACUAACCAUGCUGAAGUGAUCCGGAUCCAUUUCGACCCGAUUGUUUGCCCGUAUACAACUUUGCUUGAUGUCUUCUGGGGAAAACAUGAUCCCACUACCCUCAAUCGCCAGGGAAACGAUGUCGGGACACAAUAUAGGUCCGGAAUAUACUAUUACAACGAGACACAAGCUAAACUAGCUCGAGAAUCGUUGGAAGCAAAGCAGAAAGAAAUCAAUAAUAAUAAUAAAAUUGUGACAGAAAUUCUUCGAGCAAAGACAUUUUAUAGAGCAGAAGAGUACCACCAGCAGUAUUUGGAGAAGGGUGGAGGAAACGGUUCGAAGCAGUCGGCUUCUAAGGGCUGCAACGACCCAAUCCGAUGCUACGGUUAAUUUGGUAGCUAAAAAAUGUUUUAAUUGGUUUAAUUUCAAUAACGAAUGUAUUAUUGCUAUGAAUGUUUUAAUAAUUUUGGAUUAUGUUGAUUUAGUAUCCAAACAUUAUAAGUUUGUCAUUGCUAUUGUGAGAGAGAAAUAUUAUUUUGUUUCGUUAAUAUUUUUGUAAUUUACUUAUUUGUCAUAUGGAAAUAAAUGUAUUUGAUUACUCUUAUUUCUUUU